AGUCAUCCAAGCCCGGUGGAGGACGGACACACGGCCCCGGCCCCCCGACUUUCCGGCCCGCUAUGGCUGACCUACCCCUUUGGUCCCCUCUGCUGCUGCUGCUGCUGCUGCCUCCUGAAGCUUCGUCCGAUUCCUCGCAUGCCCUGAGCCCUCAGAGUCACCCAGCCAACCUGGACUCAGACGCCCUGCACCUUGGCAGUCACGGGAGGCUUGGGCCUGCCCUUAAUAUGACCUUUGACCUCACCAAGGUCACUAGGGCCACCUCCUACUUCGAGCUGCGCACCUGGGACCCAGAGGGGGUGGUGUUUUACGGGGACACGGACCCCAAAUAUGACUGGUUCCUGCUGGGGCUGAGGGAGGGUCGAGUGGAGAUCCAGCUCCAUAACCCCCACGCCCGGGUGACGGUGGCGGCGGGCCCCAAACUCAACGACGGGAAAUGGCACCGGAUGGAGGUGUCGAACAAGCAAGACAUGGUGGUGCUGGCCAUCGAUGGGGAUGAAGUACUCAAACUCCACCAGGUCUCCAAGCCGCUCGCUGGAGCCCCGCUGCCCCCCAUGAAGAUCGUCCUGGGAAACCUUCUCUUCCCUCCCAGCAAACUCCGUCUCCCGCUGGUCCCAUUCCUGGACGCCUGCCUUCGCCGCUCCUUCUGGCUCAACGUACCCUUGGCCUCAUUUUCCCCCCCGCCUACCCGCCAUCCACCCCUCAGGGCCUGUGAGCCUGACUCCGGCCCCGGGGCCUACUUCCCUCCUGGAUCACAGGCCCAGUUUGCCCUUAAAGACCUCCGCCCCCGAGGAGAGGAUCCCUGGAACUUCACGGUGGAGCUGGGGCUGCGCCCGGUGGGAGCGGGCGGGCCCACCCGGAUCCUGGCCUUCGGGACCCCCGGCAGCGACCCCGUGCUCAGCCUGCACCUGCGGAACCAGGCCUUCGUGCUGUCGUUGGGCGGGUCGGCGGCGGAGGGCCGGGGGUCGCUGCCCCGGGCCCCGUCGGGGCUGGAGGCCCCGCUGCUCCUCCGCCUGGGCCCGGCGGGCGCCGCCCUGAGCCUGGGGCCCCGGGAGGCCGUGCUGCCCCUCGCCCCGACAAGCUUCGCCGCCGUCGCCGCCCUCUGGGAGCAGCCCCACGGUGCCCUGAUCCUCGGCUCCGCCCCAGCCUUCAUCCUGCUCUUCUACCUGGUGUUCUAUGGGUUCCUCACGGCCAUGUUCACGCUCACCAUGUGGGCGAUGCUGCAGACGGUUUCCGAUCACACGCCCAAGUACCAGGACCGGCUCGCCACCCCCGGACUCAUGAUCCGGCCCAAGACGGACAACCUGGACGUGGUGGUGAACGUCAGUGACACGGAGAGCUGGGAUCGCUAUGUGCAGACGCUCCACAAGUUCCUGGAGCCCUACAACGAUUCCCUGCAGGCUCAAAAGAACGCCUUAUGCCAGCCGGGCCGAUACCACGAGCAGCCGGACCACGGGGUCCUCAACUACCCGAAACGGGCCUGCCGGUUCAACCGGACCCAGCUGGGGGACUGCUCCGGCCUCGGGGACUCCACGCACUACGGCUACAACACCGGACAGCCCUGCGUCUUCAUCAAGAUGAACCGAGUCAUCAACUUCUACGCCGGCGCCAAUCAGAGCAUGAACGUCACGUGUGCUGGGAAGCGGGAUGAGGACGAAGACAAUCUGGGAAAAUUUGUCAUGUUCCCAGCCAACGGCCACAUCGAUCUCAUGUACUUCCCCUACUACGGCAAGCGUUUCCACGUGAACUACACCCAGCCCCUGGUGGCCGUCAAGUUUCUCAACGUGACGCCCAACGUGGAGGUGAACGUGGAGUGUCGCGUCAACGCUGCCAACAUCGCCACCGACGACGAGAGGGACAAGUUCGCCGGCCGCGUCGCCUUCAAGCUCCAGAUCAAUAAGACCUGAGUCCUCCCCAUCCCUACCCUUCCUUCCCCCCUUCCCCCGCCCCGGCCCUCCCUGGGGCAACCCCGCCAUCUCUGUCCCCUCCGUCUCCCUCCCCCUCAACCCCUCCCAAACCUGCCUGCCUUCCUGGAAUGCCUUUCCCUGUCCUCUUCCCGACAAAGGUAUUUUUUAUAACCGAUCCAACUCACUCCGUCCCCUCCCUUGAGCUGGGUGGGCGGUGGCCAUUUUGUUUUUGGGUGGCCAUCUUGGCUGGCCGGGGAGGGUCACCUGGGCUUCCUGUUUUUGCGCGUGUUCGCCCCCCGCUUUCCCAACCCUCUUUUCUCCUUUCUGUUCCCUCUGUCCCUGCGAGACUUUGUAGUGUGUGGCUGCUCUUUGUGUCUCCUGUUGCCACCUUGGUUCUUGGCUUCUGUCUGUGGGGACUCCUCGGGGGUCCCCCCCACCCCCUCCGCCAUUCCUCAAGGACUCAAUCUCCUCUUCCCUCUUUCCCUGAUUUUCCAGGGGUGGUGGCCUCCUGCCCGUCCCGGAAUCCUCCUCUUCCACCCCAAAUCGGGCAACGGCUUCCCACCCGUCCACCACUGCCAGCUCCCCUCUUGCCCUGGUGGAUCUGGAGUGGGUGGCCAUCUUUUAGACUGUUGGGUAGGGACUGUCUCUAUAUGUUGCCAACUUGUACUUCCCAAGCGCUUAGUACAGUGCUCUGCACACAGUAAGCGCUCAAUAAAUACAAUUGAUUGAUUGAUUAGAAGCCCAAGGCCACCCUCUGGUCCAGGUCCUCCAUGUCUGGCUAGGGGCCAUCUAGGGGCUGGAAAAAUGGCCUUUUCCAAACGGCCACGUUGGGAGUCCCUUUUGAGUCUUCCCCCUCGUGUCUUUCUCCUGGCUUCCAGAAGGAACCCUCCCUUCGGCCCCUACUCCUGGUUGCCACCACCCUGCUCGGUGCCCAUUGUGGGUCCCCUUGGUGGCCCCCAUUUUUUUUUAGGCGGCCUUUUUGGAUGCUCUAAGGUCUUUCUCAAAAGGGACCUUUCCGGCUUUUCAUUAGCAAAAUUCACCAAUUCUCCCUCCAAUUCUUCCUCCCCAGUUCCCCAGCUCCCCAGCUCAAUUUAAUACUUUGAAUUCUUCCCCCAUCCAACAUCCUCUAGACCGUGCUCGUCGUGGGCAAGGAACGUGUCCACCAACACUGGUGGACAGUAAGCACUGGUGGACGGUAAGCACUCAAGAAGUACCUUUGAUGAUGAUGAGCUGGGAGGUGAGGAGUUUUGUCCAGGUCCAGCCCGCUCCCACCACACCCUCCCCCACGCCUCCCCCCCAAAUCUUUUUUUAACCCUUUAACCACCCCCUAGUGUGGUACAGAGGGGGCUUUGGGCCCCUGUUUGGAUAUUUUUUAAUCGCAGAAUUGUUUUUAACUCUUCCCCACCCCCGUUUUCGUCCCUGGUUUUAUCUCCUCAUUCCUCCGUCCCCCUUCCCACUCCCUCCCCAUCGGCAGACAAACCCGCUCCCCUCCCCUAUUCUUCUUCUGUCCCCCCCUGCAUAUACUUUUCUCCCCUUGGCUUCCUUUGCCUCUCUGCCCCUCUUCCUUUCCCGCCUCCCGACCUCCCCAGGGUUCUCUCUGCAGAGUUAUUUAAUGCCUGUGUCCGAUCUACUGUAAAAGACAAAAGUACGAUAAGACGAGAGAUAUAUAUAUAAAUAUAUAUAUUACACACAC